UUGUAGGUUGCAGGAGGUGAGGGAGUCAAUGUGAUGCAGCCCAUGUGGAGUCCUAGUGGAGACCUGCUGUACAUCAGCGAUCAGACAGGCUGGUGGAACCUGUAUCAGUGCUCCACGGAGGGGACCCACCAGAAUUUGCUCCCCUGUGAGGCGGAGGUGGGAGGGUGUCAGUGGGUGUUUGGGAGACCAGAUUACGCAAUAGAUCCCUCUGGCAGUGGUAGUGUCAUCCUGAAAAAGAAAGGAGAAAUUAUGAAGUUGGAUGUCAAAACAAAGGAAUGCAGAAAGCUAGAGAUAGGAUACACAUCUUACAACAUGCUAACUUUUGGUUUGAAUGGAGAACUGUACUGUGAGGUGGGAAGCCCUACAAGAUUCCCCUGUAUAGUACAGCUGAACACAGAAAAUGGAGUGGUGAAGGAAAUAAGGGAAUCCAAAUCGCUGUCCUUGGACAAGGGGUAUUUCAGUAUCCCUGUCGAUUACAGCUGGAAGACUACAGACAAUGAUGUCUGCUAUGGAUUCUUAUAUACCCCCCAGAACAAGGACUACAAGGCCCCUGACGGAACCCUCCCACCCCUUCUUGUCAAAGCUCAUGGAGGACCAACAAGUUACAGUCCUAACACACUGAGGCUUCUCAUUCAGUACUUUACGAGCCGCGGGUUUGCUGUGUUGGAUGUUAACUAUAGAGGAAGUCAUGGAUUUGGUACUGAAUACAGAAACAAACUCAAAACCAAGUAAUUUUUUUAGUAUUUCAAGCAAGCU